GACCGCCGCACAGCGGGCACAACUUACUCACGGAGACCACAUUAACGGGCGCUGCGAGAAGUCUGUUUGACAUUGUUAUUUUUUCCUUCUAGAGACCCGGCAGGUAGUGCUACUUUAAAGGCGAAAUGCGUGAGUGUAUUUCUGUCCACGUGGGCCAGGCAGGUGUCCAGAUGGGUAACACCUGCUGGGAGCUGUACUGCCUGGAGCACGGGAUCCAGCCGGACGGACAGAUGCCCAGUGACAAGCCCAUCGGAAACCUUGACGACUCCUUCACCACCUUCUUUAGCGCCACGGGGACGGGCAAAUAUGUGCCCCGCGCCAUCUUUGUCGACCUGGAGCCCACGGUCAUUGAUGAGGUCAGGACUGGUACGUAUCGCCAGCUGUUCCACCCCGAGCAGCUGAUCUCAGGCAAAGAGGACGCUGCCAACAACUAUGCCCGCGGUCACUACACCAUUGGCAAGGAGAUCAUCGAUUCCGUCCUAGACAGGAUUCGUAAACUGGCUGACCAGUGCACUGGGCUUCAAGGGUUCCUGGUUUUCCAUAGCUUUGGAGGAGGAACUGGCUCUGGAUUCACCUCCCUGCUGAUGGAGCGCCUAUCUGUGGACUUCGGGAAGAAGUCCAAGCUGGAGUUUGCUAUCUAUCCAGCACCCCAGGUGUCCACAGCUGUGGUGGAGCCGUACAACUCCAUCCUGACCACCCACACCACCUUGGAGCACUCUGACUGUGCCUUCAUGGUUGACAACGAGGCCAUCUAUGACAUCUGUCGCAGGAAUCUCGACAUUGAGCGUCCCUCAUACACCAACCUCAAUCGUCUGAUUAGUCAAAUUGUCUCCUCCAUCACUGCAUCCCUGCGAUUUGACGGAGCCCUGAAUGUGGAUCUGACAGAGUUCCAGACCAACUUGGUUCCCUACCCUCGUAUCCACUUCCCUCUGGCCACCUAUGCCCCGGUCAUCUCUGCUGAGAAGGCCUAUCAUGAGCAGCUGUCAGUCGCUGAAAUCACUAACGCCUGCUUCGAACCUUCAAACCAGAUGGUGAAGUGUGACCCUCGUCACGGCAAAUACAUGGCAUGUUGUCUCCUGUACCGUGGUGAUGUUGUUCCAAAAGAUGUGAAUGUAGCUAUCGCUGCUAUCAAGACCAAACGUUCCAUCCAGUUUGUGGACUGGUGUCCCACUGGGUUCAAGGUGGGAAUCAACUACCAGCCUCCGACUGUGGUUCCUGGUGGAGACCUGGCUAAGGUCCAGAGGGCUGUGUGCAUGCUGAGCAACACCACGGCUAUCGCUGAGGCCUGGGCACGUCUGGACCACAAGUUUGACCUGAUGUACGCCAAGAGGGCCUUUGUGCACUGGUAUGUGGGUGAGGGUAUGGAGGAGGGAGAGUUCUCUGAGGCCAGAGAAGACAUGGCAGCCCUGGAGAAGGAUUAUGAAGAGGUGGGCAUCGACUCUUUCGAGGAAGAGGAAGAAGGAGAGGAAUAUUAGAAGAAUAUGUUGAUCAGGAACAAGAUGUAACAAGAUGAAUUGCCAAAUGAGUCAAAAGGAGCCAUCGUCAAACAUAUAUAUUUUUGUCUCUGCAUUAUGCAUGGUUGAAUUUGAAAGUCUUCAAAACUUAACAUCUAUAUCAUGUAAUGUUUUUGCCUCGCAAUGUUUUUGUUUUUUACAGAGUUAUUCUCAAUCACUAUUUUAUGGAAGGCUUAAGGACUGUACAGGAAGAUUAUAGUUUUUAUAAUGAGGCCCUCAUUCGGAUGUCCAAGCUCAAUAAAGUUAUCCUCAAAAUUAA